AUGGCUACUCGCCGUCUGUCUUCCCUGGUGGGCAGCACCAAGAAUGAACCCUUUGACUCUGCCAUUGCCAACGAAACCCAACUGGCCCAACUGGGCUAUGAGCAAGAACUCAAACGCUCAUUCUCCCUCUUGGGCAUGGUCGGAUUCAGCUUCUCCAUCGUCACCUGCUGGACCGCUCUGGGAGGCACGCUGAUCGUGGGCAUCGUUGCUGGCGGGCCUCCCGUCAUGGUCUGGUCGUGGGUGGCAAUCUGUCUGCUCUCCCUGACCGUCGCAUACUCGUUUGCCGAAAUGUGCUCGGCCUAUCCCACUGCCGGCGGCCAGUACAGCUGGGUGGCCAUCCUGGCUCCGCCCAAGUACGCGCGCGGUGCCGCCUUUGUGACCGGGUGGUUCAUGUGCACGGGCAUCGUGGCCAUGGGCGCCGUCAACAACUUUCUCGGCGCAAAUUUCAUCCUCGGAAUGGCCAACCUGAACAACCCGUCCUACACCAUCGAGCGCUGGCACACGGUGCUGGUGACAUACCUAAUCGCAGUGCUCGCCUCCCUGAUGAACGUCUACUUGUCGCGCUGGCUCAAUCAGAUCUCCACCUUCGCUGUGGCGUGGAACAUUCUCAGCUUCUUCGUCGUCAUCAUCACCAUCCUGGCCGCAAACGACCACAAGCAGUCGGCCAGCUUUGUGUUUUCUGAUUUCCAGAACCAGACAGGUUUCUCCUCCGGCGGAAUGGCCGUCAUGAUCGGUCUUUUGCAGACCCUAUUUGGCAUGUGCUGCUACGACGCUCCUAGCCACAUGACGGAAGAAAUGCUCAACCCAGCCAAAGAAGCGCCCCAGGCCAUCAUUCUCUCGGUCUACCUGGGUGCGGUGACGGGCUUCGUGUUCCUGAUCUCUGCCUUUUUCUGCAUCGGCGACCUAGACGCCACGGCCACGACGCCGACGGGGGUGCCGCUGAUCCAGAUCUUCUUCGACAGCACGGGCAGCGUGGGCGGGGCGACGACGCUGGCCGCCAUGAUCACCGUCAUCAUGCUCAUCUGCUCCAACUCGCUGAUGGCCGAGGGGUCGCGCGCGCUGUGGGCCUUUUCGCGCGACCAUGGCCUGCCGUUCAGCAAAGUGUGGGCGCGCGUCGACAAGAAAUCCCAGGUCCCCAUCUACGCCGUGCUGCUGUGCGGCGUGCUCCAGGCGGGUCUGAACAGCAUCUACUACGCGUCCUUUGAGGGCUUCUCGACCGUGAUAUCCAUCGCCACGUUUGGCUUCUACCUCUCAUACGCCGCGCCCCUGUUCGUGCGCCUGUGGUCGCUCGCCACGGGAUCCAACCCCGCCGCCACGACGAUCCGCGGCGGCGUCUACACGCUCGGCAAGUGGUCACCCUACCUGAACCUGCUCGGCCUGCUGUUCCUGGUCUUUGCCGGCAUCGACUUCAACUUCCCCCAGGUCGGGCCCGUCACCGCGGGCAACAUGAACUACUGCAGCGCUGCCUUCGGCGUCAUCGGUCUGGUGAGCGUCGUCACCUGGGUCCUUGACGGGCGCAAGAACUUCACGGGCCCCCAGACCCCCGGCAUCGUGAACGCCAUCGACGCUGCCACCGCAGUCGGUGAUGGAAAAGGGCUGAUGCCCGGAGAAAUAGCCGAUGCCGAUGGUGACGGUGUGGGCAGGAGCGACGAGAAGAAAGGGAUAUCCAUCGCCGGCCUGCCCGCCGAGACCAAAAGUGUCGACGAAUCCUCCGGUGACGAGAAGAUCGUAGGGGAUAUUGGCAGGAUCGCUUGA